AUGGCUGCCCCAGGCCAGCCCCAGAAGUCCACCUACGAUGUCAUUGUCAUCGGGGCCGGCAUCCAGGGCUCUUUCACUGCCUACCACCUGGCGCAGCGCCACAAGGACACUCUGCUGCUGGAGCAGUUCCUCCUGCCCCACUCUCGGGGCAGCUCUCACGGGCAGAGCCGCAUCAUCCGCAGCGCCUACCCCCAGGAGUACUAUUCCCGCAUGAUGCCCGACUGCUUCCGCCUCUGGCAGCAGCUGGAGGCCGAGACCGGCACCACCCUCUACAGGCAGACGGGACUGGUGCUGCUGGGGCCGCCGGGAGAGCCGGAGCUGGAGGCCUGCAGGAGGAGCCUGGGUGUUGACGAGGUCCUCGACGCCGCGGCGCUGUCCCGGCGCUUCCCUGGCUUCCGGCUGCAAGCUGGGCAGGUGGCCGUGCUGGACAGCACCGCCGGGGUGCUCUUCGCUGACCGGGCACUGCGGGCAGUGCAGGAGGUUUUUCGGCGACACGGGGGCACCCUGCGGGACGGGGAGAAGGUGCUGAGCAUCCAGCCUGGGGCCACGGUCACUGUCACCACCACUGCUGGGGUGUACAAAGCCCCCCGGCUCAUCAUCACGGCUGGAGCCUGGACCGGUGCUUUCGUGGAACAGCUGGGUCUCCACCUGCCACUGCAGCCCCUGCGCAUCGAUGUCUGCUACUGGAGGGAGAAGCAGCCUGGGAGUGUUGGCCUGGGCAGUGUCAGCCCCUGCUUCUUGACCCUGGGGCUGAGCCAAGCCCCCCACGGCAUCUACGGGCUGCCCUCCAUUGAGUACCCAGGUCUGAUGAAGGUGUGCCACCACCAUGGCAGCCCCACUGACCCAGACAGGCGGGAUCAGGCCCCCUCGAGUGCCCCCCGCCCUGACAUCUCCGUUCUGAGCAGCUUCAUCAGCAGCUACCUGCCUGGGCUGGAGACCCAGCCUGCGGUGAUGGAGACCUGCCUCUACACGAACACUCCAGAUGAAGAUUUCAUCCUGGACCGGCACCCCAAGUUCAGCAACAUCGUCAUCGGUGCUGGCUUCUCAGGCCAUGGGUUCAAGCUGGCACCAGUGGUGGGGAAGUUGCUGUGUGAGCUGAGCCUGGGUGAGGAGCCAUCCUACAACAUGGCCCAUUUCGCCAUCACUCGCUUCCCUGGUGUGCUUGGGGCUGCACAGUAG